AUGUGCAACCAGACGAUGCGCGACGUGUACGAAGCCACCACCCUCAAAGAGAAGAGUCUUUCAGCUGCGGGUUACCGCGUCGUGAGCAUGUGGCAAUGCGAAUGGGAAGAACUCAAGCGAAACGAUGAACAACUGCAAAACUUGAUCCAAUCCUUUGACCUGGUCCCCAGACUCCAACCCAGAGACGCGUUCUACGGGGGUCGCACCAAUGCCGUCAAACUUCAUCAUCAAGUGGAAGACGGAGAAAAGUUGCAUUACCUGGAUUUCACCUCUCUCUAUCCCUGGACCAACAAAAACUGCCUCUACCCCAUGGGUCAUCCUAAAAUCAUCAGUCAACCCGAAGGCACUGACAUCUCCAGGUACUUUGGGUUGGUCAAAUGUAAGAUCCUUCCACCCUUUGGGUUGUAUCAUCCCGUCUUACCCCAUCGCAGUGGGGGUAAACUCACUUUUCCACUGUGCAGGACUUGUGUGGAAACCGAACAACCCAAACCGUUGACCGGACGUAGUCAUCACUGUGUUCACAGCGAACAAGAGCGAUGUCUGGUGGGUACGUGGCCCACCCCCGAAUUGCAAGAAGCCAUCAAUCGUGGGUACGUCAUCCAAUACGUGUACGAAAUUUGGCACUUUUCGCGCAACUCUAACGACUUGUUCUCAUCCUACGUGAACACUUUUCUCAAGAUCAAGCAAGAAGCCAGUGGAUGGCCCGAUUGGGUGGGGGACGAUGCGACCAAACGCCAACAGUACAUCACCGAUUACCUAACCCAUGAAGGCAUUCAACUCGAGGCCGAUAAAAUUCAAAAAAAUCCCGGUCGGCGGUCUCUGGCCAAAAUGAUGCUCAACAGCUUCUGGGGCAAGUACGGUCAACAAGGGAAGAAGAGUCAAGUCGAAGCCAUUUCGACCCCCGCCAGACUUCACACCCUCCUGAAUGAUGACAGUCGAGAAAUUCAAACCCUUCGUGUCAUGAGCGACGAGAUGAUCGAAUUGGUCUACAAACACGUUCACGACGAAGAAAAAGUUCAAGUCAACAUCAACAUUUUCGUGGCCUGCUUCACCACCUGUUGGGCUCGACUCAAGUUAUACCGAGAAGGACUCAGUCGACUCCAACCCCAACAAGUCCUGUACUUCGACACGGACUCCAUCAUCUUCUCGCAUCGAGAAGGGCAACCCAUGCCGCCCUUAGGCGAUCAUCUUGGUGAAUUCACCAGCGAAUUGAAACCAGGUACUCACAUCGUGGAGUUUGUGUCCGCUGGCCCCAAGAAUUACGGUUACCGAACCAGCGACGGUAAAGUCGAAUGCAAGGUACGCGGUUUCACCCUCAACACCCGGGGCCAAGCUCAAUUGAACUUUGAACUCUUAAAAGAAAACGUCGUCAACGAAGUCACCGAACUCCACGAAGAACCACGAGUAAUCCACGUACACAAUCCCCACAAGAUUCAACGCAAUGUUCAAACAAAAACAUUAGAAACGGUCGAAGAAACCAACCGCUACAAAGUCGUCUUCGACAAACGCGUCGUCGAUCCCGACACCUUCCUCUCAUAUCUUUACGGAUACACUCGGGCCAUCCUCGAUGAUACCGACAUGGUCAAUGUCAAUAAUUUAUUAGAAAUGUAA